GUUCUCAGUUGCAGUCGGCGCCUCGAUUCGGUCUGUAACAGCGGUAUAUUAGCGUUGGACUCCGGCUGGAAAUCCGAUUUCGAAGCAACGAAUUCGAUCGAUAAUUAUAUCUUUGAAAAAAUACAAUCAUCUCCUUAAAUCCGUGUAACAGUGUGGGGAAUAAUUUUGAAUCUCGACUAUAUAAGGUAUAACGAUACGUGAAUUAUAAAUAUUAAUUUUUGUAUAACAACCGAUUGUUUGAUCAAGUGCGCUGCAGAGAUGUAACGGUGUUUAAUUAAAUUCUACCGUACACUUAAGCUACGGUGUUAUUUUUUUUUCCCUCCCCCCCCAAUUUUUAUUUCCGCUCAAACAUAUCGGAUAAUUAUACAAACCCUAAUCGAUAUCUAAAAUAUACCUGCAUAAAUAUCACAUGUUAAUGUGAAUAACACAGUGACGUCGUAUUACGUUUUUGGGGUGUUUAAAGAAUAAGGUUUGUGUGCCUCUUCCUAACAGAUACGGAACAAAUCUUAUCACAUACCCGAUCGUAACUAACAACAAAUCGAAUCUGGUGUGCAGUGUAAAGUUAUUAAGGCGUGCAUGGUAACACUAUAAUGUAAAUAAAAUUUAGCGAAUAAUCGAUGCGGGAAUAAUCUUCGGAUAUAAUCAGAUCGUUGACAAAUCAUUCGUCGAGGAAAUAGUAAUUAAGGGGGUGAAACGGAGUGCAAGAAAAACAAAUCUCGGUACAAUGGAAUCCCCCUGAAUUUUGUCGGUGCAGGAAAUUCUUGCCAAACGACCAGGUACCGAACCACGGUCUAAAAAUUAGUCCGAAGCAGACGCUAUACUACGUUCAACAAACCGUCCAUCUCUUCAGCAAUGACCAAGUACAGUGUCACGGACGAGGAUCAAAACGAGGACGCGAGGCAAGUUAGACUGACGGGCUUCACUCCCGCCGGAAAUCCAAAUCCCCCAUCGACCGCUGAUGACGAUCAUCACACACAGUCUCAACCGGAAAUCGGUGACAGACUCAGCGCUCCCGCACCUCAGGAAGCCUCCAAGAUCACUUUCGGCACUCCUGCAUUCGACGAUGUGGAACGAGGCCUCGCGUGUUCCUCGGGAGCAAAAUGGGUCUGUCACCGGAUACGAAGAUCGUGCACGAAGAAGAUACUUUAUAGAAGAAUACCGAUAUUCGAAUGGCUACCAAAGUACAACAGAGGGUAUGCGGUGAACGAUUUGGUCGCCGGUCUGACGGUCGGUCUCACUGUAAUUCCGCAAGCCAUUGCCUACGCAAGUGUAGCCGGAGUUCCUCCGCAGUACGGUCUCUACUCCUCCUUCAUGGCUUGCUUCGUUUACACGAUAUUGGGCCCGUGCAAAGACGUGCCUGUCGGCCCAACAGCGAUACUGGCUAUCCUGACCAAAGAAACUUUACACAAAGCUAAUCUCGGUCCGGAGUUCGCUAUCCUGUUGACGUUUGUCUCGGGCUGCGUGAUGUUGUUGAUGGGCAUUCUACAGCUGGGUUUCUUGAUAGACUUCAUAUCCGGCCCUGUUUCGGUUGGCUUCACCUCUGCGGCGGCGAUUAUAAUCGCAACAUCCCAAGUUAAGGAUAUUCUCGGGCUGAAUUUUACGGCAGCGAAAUUCUUACACGUCUGGCAAUCCAUCUUCGAACACAUCUCGGAAACCCGGCUGUGGGACGCUGUUCUCGGUGUCGUCUGCAUGAUAGUUCUUCUACUCCUCAGGAAAUUAAAGGACCUCCCGAUCACACCAAAGGACGCUAAGGAGCCGACGCCGUUCCAGAAAUCAAUUCUCAGUUGCCUGUGGUUCAUAUCAACGUCCAGGAACAUAUUGAUAGUGGUUAUCUGCAGCGUUGGCUGUUACUUGAUCGAAUCCCACGCCGGCACUUCGCCCGUCGUCCUUACCGGCUAUGUCAAGCCUGGAUUGCCCAGCUUCGAAACGCCGCCCUUCACUGGGGUUGGUGGGAACGAAACUUUCCUCCAUUUCGCCGACACCCUCUCGGCUCUCGGAUCCGGAUGCUUCGUUUUGCCGCUCCUCAGCCUCCUCGAGAGCAUCGCCAUAUCCAAAGUAUUCUCCAAUGGCAAGCAGAUUGACGCGACGCAGGAGAUGUUGGCCCUGGGCGCCUGCAACAUGGUUUCGGCGUUCGUAUCAUCGAUACCAGUUACAGGCGGCUUGAGCCGUGGUGCCGUCAACAAUGCUUCCGGGGUUAAAACGACGAUGGGCGGUGUUUACACCGGGCUAAUGGUCCUCCUAUCGCUGCAAUUUUUAACACCGUACUUCUACUAUAUACCCAAAACCGCUCUGGCAGCGGUAAUCAUAGCGGCGGUUGUCUUCAUGGUCGAGUUUCACGUUAUCAAACCGAUGUGGAGAACAAAAAAAAUCGACCUAAUUCCGGCUUUCGCCACGUUUCUUUGCUGCUUAUUCAUAAGACUGGAAUUGGGAAUAGUUAUCGGUAUUGGAAUCAACCUGUUGUUUCUUCUCUACGCUUCUGCCAGACCAACGCUCAACGUUCGCAAAGCAACGAGCGCCAGUGGGUGUGAAUACCUCGUAAUCACACCUGACAGAAGCCUAGUCUUUCCAAGCGUCGAAUAUGUCAGGGCAAUUGUCAGUAAACAGGGAUUACGACAAGGAAAGACCGUCCCCGUUGUCAUCGACUCGACUCACAUACAAGCUGCCGAUUUUACAGCCGCCAAGGGUAUCAAAAUUCUCGUACAAGAUUUUGCUAGUCGCGGACAGCCGCUGUUAUUUCAUAACUUGAAACCAAGCGUUGUGGAAAUAUUUCGCGGUGUAAAACCGUCCGAUCUUCGAUGCAGCGCAAGCGAAACGGAACUAAACGACUACCUCAAAGAAUUCUCCAACUUGUCAACGACUCCGGUAACGAGACACUGAGAAUCUGAGGCCACUACAAGUAUGUAAAUACCUGGAGUAAGAAUCUCAACUUUGCGGCGCGUCGUGCACUUAGAAAAAUAUUUAAAUCUCCUAUUAUCGUGAAUCUUUGAUUUUACGAAAUAAUUCAGUUUCAUCUGACUCGAUGAAAUAAUUUCGUGCAAGAAACAGUUUCAUCAAAUUGACGUGAUUAUUAUACGGAAUUAUUUUAUUGCUUUGUCGAAACUGCAAAGUCGGGACAAUUUUUAAAUAGCGUAAACUAAAUUAUUUCAUUGAAUCAAAGAAUCAAGCUCAAUGAAUUUUUUUUCUCACGUGUAUAAUCGAGAAGUUCUUCGCUGUGGCAGUGAACGCCAGGUUACGCAACAGUAUUAAAAUACAUAUACUAUAUCUAUACGUAUACAUAUGCUCCUUGUACAGUAGGCAAAGAUAUUGAAUAUUAUCCACAGAAGUGAAUGCGGCGUAGAAUAAUUAGGAUUAUUGAAAUAUGGCUCAAUAAAAAAUGAUAAUGAAAACUCGUCAUGGCGUCUAUUUAUCGUGACAAAUACGCAGAACAGUAAUUAGUUUGGGAAUAACGAAGUCGCUCGCAAUCGUUCAUCACUAAACAUGGUAAAACAGUCGACUUUACGUUCAAACAAUCUCCCAACAAUUUCUUGGGUAUUUAUAAAGUGGUCAUAAAAAUACGUAAGAGUAACAUUGUUGUUUGUUACAAAACCAAUUACUUCCUCGUUUUU